CCCAUAGACAACCCAAGCUCUUGACCUGCACAGUUGAGCCUUAGCUGUCCCUGCUAUCUAUUUCCCUCUCUUCGAUACUCCCCUCUUAUCGAAAACACGCUCUCUCUCUCUCUCUCUCUCUCUCUCUCUCUCUCUCUCCCUCUCUCUCGCUGCUAUUUAUAACCAGCCAGACUUCACGCCUUUCUCUUCAUCAACGCGUUUCGCUCUCUCUCACGCACAGUCGCACACACAUACAGGCAUGAAGGCCUGAAAAAAACGCGAUCAUAACGAUAUCGAUUCACUUUGGAACGGGUCUUUCGGAUUUCAUUCGAUUCCAAACUCGGCGCUACGGCCGGGAUUAACGCGGCGAUUUGGGGUCAUCAGCCGCGUAUAUAAUGUCGUUUCUUGCAUCGCCGACGUCUUUGAUUGGAGACUACAUAGGCAUGGAGAGUUGUUUCGAUCUUAAGGAAUACGACCACUGCGAAAUAGAUCCUUCGCGAGGGAAGACUGAGAUUAUAAACGAAGAAGGGGUGGCCUGCGAUGCGGUGGAGCGGCGGCGGAUCACGAGGCAGCGAGACCAAUGGUGGGAGAUGAUGAAAAAGAGGAACGGAGAUUUGCCUCCGCCGAUUCCGUCUUUGGCGAGGACGGAGAACCUGCCGUCGCACAUGCCGUGGGUGAUGAAGCGUUACUACACCCCCGAUGGUCGACUCAUCAUUAGGGAGGAGAAGGUGAGGCAUCACGAGUACUUCCGGGCCCACCGGGCCAACGGCCGCCUCAUCCUCCACCUUGUGCCCCUCGACCACCACUGCGUCCCGCUUCCGCCCUCCCACUCGGAGUCUGUUACGGAGGAGGGCGAGGAGGAGGAACCCAAGGAAUAUCCUGGCGAAGAUGCCGGCUGCUCGGAUCCCAACGGCGAUGACGCCGGCGAGGGUAGGGAGUAUAGUAGAUUGGACUACAAGAUUUCGGACGGCGAAUACGAAGAUGAAAACAAAGACAGAGUCGAUGUCGGUUGCGGCGGUGGUGACGACGACGACGUUAUCGAGGAGGAACAAAUAAAUAGGGAGGAGGGAUUGGCGGUGGAUAUAGGGAGUAGUAGUUGUGGAGGAAUGGGAAAAGGGGGGAAGUGCUAUCAGUUCAACAGCGGCAUAGGAUCACCAUCAUCUUGUAUGUUUCAGGUUCCAGUCUGUGCGCUCAGACCGGUUCGCAGCUAAAAAAAAAAAAAAAGAAUUAGAAGAAGACGUAUGGACAUUCUUAAUUUCUUUCUAUCGAUCUCUGUGUGUGUGUUGUUAGGGUAGGCCGAUUAGGCGAGGUGGGGAAGAGGGAGAGAUUCAAUUAAGUAGGAAGGGAGGGGGGUAGUAGGUAGGUCGAGCUUUGAGGCUAGGCGCGGGGGCUGACGAGCUCUCUUUCCAUUCAUUGUUUUAAUUUUGGCCUGCACAAGCACAAGCGAGCGAGCGAUUCAACUUGAUUUUGUUUGGAAACAAAGAAGAGGAUUUUGUUAAAUAAUUUUAUUGCUGGAAA